GAGAGAGAGGGAGGUAGAGAGAGAGAUAGGUAAGUCCAAUCAGGUUAGUCGUUCAGAUGGAUAGUGUACCGCUCCUCUCCUAGGCUCCACGUUGACGUCUCAGUCUCCUACACUCGUUCGCUUCAAUCCCUUCAUCUUCUAUUCUUCAAUCAUGGAUCCCUCACCUUCUUCACAUCCGGACCCCUGAUACUCACACAGGAACUCAGACUGAGACCAGCUUUUCUUAAAGGAUUAUCUUUCUCUUAAAGGAUUUUGGAAAUCUCUGGAGAGGAUCAUUCUUCUUACUUGGGCUGCAAUAUGGUAACAUACCUUCUCUCCCUCCUCCUGGAAGCGAUGGUCUGGGAUGGGGCUUUCUGUUCCCUGGGGGAGGGCAGGAGGCAGUGGCAGCAGCCCUCCACCCCAGAGCCCUUCAACCAGAGCCAGUCCUUUCUCCACGGGACUUUCCCUCCAGGGUUCCUCUGGGGCACGGGGACCUCCGCCUUCCAGACUGAGGGGGCCUCGGACCGGGACGGGAAAGGCCCCUCAAUCUGGGACCACUUCACCCACACAGCACCCCACCGAGGUGUCGGAGGUGUCGCAGACACAGCCAGUGACAGCUACACCCAAUGGGAGGAGGAUGUUGAGGCGCUGGGGUACCUCGGGAUGCACUCCUACGCCUUCUCCCUCUCCUGGCCCCGAAUCUUCCCUGACGGGGUUGCCACUAGUCAGCCCAAUAUGGUGGCUGUGGAGCACUAUGGGAGACUGCUCGACAGGCUGAGAGAGAGAGGCAUUGAGCCGGUGGUCACCCUGUUUCACUGGGACCUUCCCCAGGCCCUGCAGGAGCACUACGGGGGCUGGAAGAAUGACACCCUGGUGGGGUUGUUUGACGUGUACGCUGCCUUCUGUUUCCGGACAUACGGGGGACGUGUGAGGUACUGGAUAACCAUGCACAACCCAUACCUGGUGGCUGUCCAGGGGUACGGGACAGGAGUGCACGCGCCUGGAGAGACAGGGGACUCCACCGCCCCCUUCAUCGUGGCCCACAACCUCAUCAGGGCGCAUGCCAAAGCGUGGCACACAUAUAACACCCACUUCCGCCCGACUCAGAAGGGUCAGGUGUCCCUCGUCCUGGGUUCCCAUUGGAUGGUGCCUCAUAGAGGCCAAACCACACCAGCCAAUGUCGAGCUCUGCCAGCAGUCCAUGGAGGCGGUGCUUGGCUGGUUCGCCAAUCCCAUCUUCAGGGACGGUGACUACCCAGCCUCCAUGAGAUCCACUCAUAGGGGGCUCCUGCCUGAGUUCACCCCAGAGGAGAAGCUCUGGGUGCAGGGAACGGCUGACUUCUUUGCCCUGUCCUUUGGGCCUAACAACCUGCGUCUGGGCCGGAGCCUGGCCCACUAUGGGCAGACGGUGUUCCCAGAUCUGAGGCGGGUGCUGGGCUGGGUGCGGCUGGAGUACGGGGACCUUCCAGUGCUGGUGGCAGAGGGGGGCUGGUUCUCAGAUGCAGCUGUGGAGAGGGAGGAUACAGUCGCUAUCUACCUGAUGAAGAGGUUCAUUAACCAGGUGCUGCAAGCGAUUGUGUUUGACGGUGUCAGAGUGUUUGGCUACACAGCCUGGUCUCUGGUGGAUGGUUUUGAGUGGAACUAUGGCUACAGUGUGAGACGAGGUCUGUUCUAUGUAGACUUCAGCCAGGCCAACAGAACCAGGGUCCCGAAGACCACCGCUCAGUUCUACAGGCAGGUCGUCAAGGACAACGGUUUCCCUGGUAAUGAGACCACCAGAGAGGUCAAAGGGCGUUUCCCAUGUGACUUCCACUGGGGAGUGGCCGCCUCCACCCUACAGGUAAAUUUCCAUCCCUACUCCCCUCAAUUCAUGGACCCCCACCUGUACAGCUGGAACCUGACAGGGGACGGGGCGCUGCGUCCUGUCCAAGGGGUCAAGCUCCACACCAGGAUGCCGCAGUGCACUGACUACCUGGCCAUCCGAGUUCACCUGGGCAUCUUUGAGUCCACAGGGGCAUCUCACUACCGCUUCGCUCUCAACUGGUCCCUCAUCCUGCCCCAUGGAGAUCUGUCUAAUGUGGACACAGAGGCCCUGAGAUACUAUCGCUGUCUCCUCACUGAGCUCCACAAGCAGGGCCUGGAGGCUAUGGUCACCCUCUACUACCCCACUAACAGAGUCCCUCUGCUGGGCUUGCCUGGCCCACUGCAUGGCUCUGGAGGCUGGCUGAACGGGAGCACAGUGGAGGCCUUCCAGAGCUAUGCAGCCCUCUGCUACAGGGAGCUGGGGCCCUGGGUCAGCUACUGGAUCACCAUCAAUGAGCCCAACAGACUGGUGGAUGCCUACAAGAGCGGAGAGGAGCAGCAUCUGGCAGCCCAUAACCUCCUCCUGGCCCACGCUAAGGUCUGGAGGCUCUAUGAGAGGGAGUAUCUCAGCCAACAGGGAGGACUGGUGUCCCUGGCCCUGCACGCAGACUGGGCAGAACCCGCCAAUCCCUUCCUGGAGUCACAUGCAACCGCCACUCAGAGAUUCCUGUUGUUUGAGCUGGGUCGUUUCCUAGACCCACUACUAGGGGGCAGAGAGGGGGAGGGCAAGAGUGGCAUGUACCCUCCAGAGGUGAGGAGAUACUUGGAGGAGAGGGCGAGGGUGAUGGGCCUCCCUGGAUCCCCACUACCGCACUUCACCGACCGGGAAAGAGAAGAGCUACGAGGGGCGCUGGGCUUCAUCGCACUGAACCACUUCACCACGCGUCUCGUGUCACCACGCCCCUAUUCUCCUCAGACUGCCCCACCUAAACCCCAGCAACCUCAACCUCCAGACCAUGACUGCCUGCUGAUGUCUGACCCCACCUGGGCCUCCUCUGGCCUGGGGCAGGCGGUGGUCCCCUGGGGCCUCCGGAGGGUGCUGCACUGGGUGAAGGAGCGGUAUGGAGGGGGUCUGCCGGUUGUAGUCACAGCCAGCGGGGUUGACGAUCAGGCCCCACUAAAGGAUCUUCUCAGGCAGCACUACAUCAAGAGCUACCUGGAGGAGGCCCUCAGAGCUCGUCAGUUGGAUGGAGUCAACCUAAAGGGCUUCUACAUCUGGAAGCUGCAGGAUCGACACGCCCCUCAGUUCGGCCUCAUCACCUCUUUCCAGCACCAGUCCCAACCCAAAGCCUCCAUCGCAACCUACCGAGAGAUCAUUGACCGCAGCGGUUUCCCUGGCAACAACGUCACAUCUUCCUGUAGGGACAGCAACCACAGGACGGUGUGUUCCAUCUGCGCUCACAUCUCAGAGAACAAACCACUACUGUUCUUUGCUUCAUGUCUCCUCAUCACGCUAGCUGUGCUGGUGGCAGUCAUCAUCGUCAUCGUCAGGAGGAAGAGGACUAGGAGGAGGAGGGUGGGGGUGCCGGUGUGUCCUGUCCCAUUGGGGAUGAAGUGUCAGCUGUGGGAGAGAGUGGCCCUGCAGCGUGUAACGGAUAGGAUCCACGUGGUCCGCCGCUAGGGGUUUGGUCCUGUUGUAGUGGUUCUUAGGGACAGGUCUAGGAUCAUCCUACCCCCCCAAAUCCUAACUUCAUUCUACUCCACAAGCCCACUGGGACUGUGCUCAACACAGCGGGAUCAGCGAGGGCCAAGUGGUCAUCUUUACCAACACCAAGUGACUAAUAGAGUUUCUCUGUCUGAGCCCUAGAGAUCCCACAUAUUGAAAAACAAUGUAUCUCCAAUGAAUACAAUUGACAGUUUGUAAACUAUCACAGACAUGAAUAUGAUGUAGCCAUGAGACUGUUUUGUUUUUUCAAUGACAGCGGUUGGUUAUAAUUUGAGACCCUUCUAUGAAUGCUGCUAUUGUGAUGGACUGAUCGUGUGGGCCAACAAUUGACUGGCCUGUAUGACUUGUUAGUGUGCAUCACUCUGUGUCCUGAUCUCAUAUCUUUGUAUACUUGUAAUCAUAGGGAGUCUGGACUGAUGGUAGAAGUAUUUUUCUCUCUGGGCUCCAGAGAAAUGUUAUCUACUGAUGGCCAACUCAAGCACUUGUUCAGUUUUUUAGUGAAGAUGAUGUGCAAUGUCCUUGUAAAUACAUUCUGUCAAUGAAACCAUAAUAAUUUGCUAUAUAUGAAAUUCAAUAAAAUACAAGUGUAUGUUGCAGCUUU